AUGUCGCUCUAUCGGAGCUGGGAGAAGGCCUACGGACUCGAACCCGACUCCGUCUCCCCUCCGGAAAAGUUUGAGCUGCCCGCGAAUCUUCCGCCAGCUCCGCACCUGGAGGACUGCUCCGCGCGUACAGCCUUCCGCCUCUCCGCGGAGCAGAGGGGACAGGACGGAUCUGCGCCUAACUGGACCCGCCCCUCCAACUGCUGCAGCUGCAACCCGCAACCCCCUUGGGUCCGUGGGGACGAUUUGGCCAAUCUCGCGCUGACACGUGUCGCGCAGAGGGACAUCUGGGAGAGCCAGUUCCCUGCCACGUGCAAGGGCAGGCGAAUCCUGCUGGCGGAAUGGGUGGAUGGACCAAUACAAGGUCCAGGCCAGGCAGCAGCAGCAGGAGCAGCAGCAGCAGGAGGAGGAGGAGCAGCAGGAGGAGCAGCAGCAGAUUCUGGUGCAUUUGGCAUGGGAACGCAGAUUCAAGUCAUGUCUGCGUUUCUGAGCAUUGCUGUGCGGCACAACCGCACGCUGGUGGUGGCGCCAGGGACGUAUUCCAGAGCCAACAACUCUGCCUGCCAAGCCGCAAAUCACACGGGCGCAUGGGAGUGCUACUUCUUCCCAAUCUCAUCACAGGAGUGUGUAGACGAGGCUGUAGCGGCCGUAGCAGCCAAUCAGGCUACUUCGGCCAAUGGACCGGACAUGGAGGCUCGGCUGGCCUCGCCGGACCUGGUUGUUAGGUUCGCAGAUGCAAGGCACUUUGAGGACGUGGACGGGGCCAAGCGAUGGGGCACACCGUGGAGGGACCGACCAUCCACCGUUGAGGUGCAGGGGGUGCUGGAGGAGGCGGAUGAGAAGACGAUGCAGCAUCGGUGGUGGCACGCCCAGUCAGCACGCUUCCUCCUCCGCUGGCCAUCUGCACACCUCUGCCACGUCAUCAACCGCAUCCGCCACGUCAGCUACGGCCUGCGAUUGGCCGUGCACAUAUCUGACAUCAGCGCAGAAGAAUCUGACAUCAUCCAAUCCCUCGAAAAGGGCACCAGCCAAUCAGGAAAAGGCAUUCCAGAUUUCAACAUGACCAAAGAAGCAGAGUUUCUGAAGGGAAUCAACUUUGCUCCGCCGAACCUGGAGACUGACGUCUGGCCCGGGGAAGGCUUUGCUGGGUGUUUGGUUCGGGAUACGGACGGCGAAACGCCGGCCACGUUAGACAAAACAUUCAAGGGAGUGGGCGGGGAGGUGUUUAUAUUUCGACCAAUCGUGAGCGUACACGUGGCGCAUGGAGACGCUGUGCUGGAGGGAGGGGGGGUCCAGGGGGGAAGUUUCCCGGAAGGGGGGUCUCGGGUGAAGCUGAGGUCGCUAGGGGUGUACAUGUAUUUUGCGUAUCAGCUGCAGUUGCAUGUUCCGACCAUCAACCACGCUUGGUUAAGCACAGAUGCACAGUCGACGCUGGAGGAGGCAAAGCAACUGCGCGACUGGAGCUUCUUAUAUUCGGAGCACCCAUCACAGCAGGCAGCUGCGGUUGGUGGUGUGGCAGCUGAGAAUGGGGAUGGAACCUCUUCUCUCGCCUCGACAGAUGCAGCUGACGCAAGCAGCAGCUUCGUCCACGUAGACAGGAGCGCGAGUCUAGUCAGCAACAGCGUCAUCCGCAUAGGCAGCAGCAAACUAGAAAGCCAGGUGGAAUCAGCAGCAGACAGAAGACUGGCAGGAGCAGAAGUAAGUGUGGGGUUUCCAGGAGCAGAAGCAGACAGACAGCAAGGAAGAGCUGUAGCAGAAGCGGAUGGUGCGGGGUUAGUAGUAGCACCGGCAGGAGAAGGUGGAGUGGGAUUAGAACGAGCAGCGGCAGUCAGAUGGCGGGCGGAGAGGCAGUUAAUGAUCGCGUCGAGAGCAGCGGCAGCAGGGGGGUGGGUGGGGCCACUGGAAAGGCCGAGAGCGGCAGGAAACGUGAGCGUGUUUGAUUCGACUCAAAAGAACGUGGGCGUGAUCGUGGCAGGGAGUGUGCGUGCCAACAUAGCAGGGAACGUGGGUGUGCGCGCUGCUGCGUUGAGGAGCAGGAAGCUGGCGGCAGCAAAGCUACCUUCGCAGAAAGGCUUCGUGAGUAUAGACUGCGGCUACAUGGGUUCCGCUGGAGCGAGCAAUCUGGGCCUCACGUGGUUACCAGACACGGCAGCGCCAGGCGGUAGUGUGGCGGUGAUCACCCGCGUGCCGGAUAACCUGGUGGGGCAGGUCACGGUGGAGCAGACGCUGAGGGUGUUUGACGAUGCGAAACCGUCCAACUGCUACCAGAUUCCUCUCGUUGCCCCAGGUCGCUACCUGGUGCGCCUCACCUUCUGGUAUGGUAACUACGACAGCAAGAACAUGCCACCCGUUUUCAACGUCACAGUCGGCACCGCAUCGCUGGGGCAGUACACGCCAUCCAAUGACCAGAUUCUUGUGCUGGAGGUGAUAGUAACGGUGCCAGCGCGCACCAUGGCCAUCUGCCUCGUGCGUGUCUCCGCCGAUCCCAUCAUCAACGCCCUCGAGAUCCGCCCGCUCCCCGCCGGUGCUUAUAACGAGAGUGACUAUAGCGAUCAGCUGCUGCUCAACUACUGGAGGCUGUCCUGUGCUGGCGACUCGUGGCUUGUCGGUUCCUACCGGUAUCCAGACGACCCUUUGGAUAGGGUCUGGUACGCGGACAUGCCUCUCUUUGGUGACCCCACUCCCGGCACCUACACUUACAUCCCUGCAGCCGCCUCUGUGGCCGUCACCAGUAGCAGUGUGACCAUUCCCGCCAGCAUGAGCAGCAAUGCCGUGCCUCAGUUUGUGGUGCAGAAGGCGAGGACGACUAAGAGUGCGCAGGGGCUCACUUACAGCUUCUAUGGGCUGGCCCCUGGAAAAUACCAGCUCAAGGCAGAGGAAGGGAGCAGGGUGAAGGAGGUGGGGUUGGCUGGACUGGAGCUGUAUACUGUGGUGGAGCCAAAGGCUGCCGUGCCGAGGGAGCAGGUUCGUGCCCUGGCAUGCAUUAAAGCACAGAUGGGCAGGGCAGCAGCUUUGGAUAGCUGGACUGGCGACCCCUGCUACCCCAUUGUUUGGCCCGGAAUCAUUUGCAAGACCUCUCGCCAUCAGUCUUCAGUCAUCGGCCUGAAUCUAACCCACCUCAACAUCUCCGGUCCUUUCUCAGCCUGCAUCUCUGAGCUUUACACACUCCAGACUCUCUGGAUGGAUCACAACCAGCUUCAAGGCUCCAUCCCCUCGUCUAUUGGGAACCUCACGCAACUGCGAUCCAUCAAGCUCAACAACAACAAGCUGUCAGGGCCUGUCCCUGCUGCCCUUGCUGCUCUGCCCAACCUGCAAUACCUCGACCUGACCUCCAACAAUCUAUCCGGUCCCUUCCCUUUCAACAGCUCCAGCAACGUGCAGAUCGGUAUCUCAGGCAACAUUAACCUCUGCUCCCCAGAUGCAUCCUUCGGCCUCCCUCCCUGCAACAACACCAUCCCCCCCGCCCCCUCCUCCUCUCCAUCUGACACGUCAGCACAAGCUGCCACGUCACCAGCGGCCAUGAGCACAGCUGUCCUCAUGGCGCUCAUCCUAGGUGUCAUCAUCGGCGUGCUAUUGGUCCUCCUCGCCAGCUGGCUGCUGCUGAGGUGGCAGCAGCGGGUGGCAGGGAGAGGAGGCCUGGGGGGGAGGAGCGGUGCUGGUGGUGGCGGCGGUGGUGGUGUGGGGGGGGAUGGGUUGGGGCAGCAGCCGCCUGUGGUGGUGUAUGUGCAUGGGGAUACAGGCGCUGUGACUGUGCAAGCAGCAGGUAUGCGUCCCCCUCUCCUUCUUGUGAUGAAUUCUGAGUUGCCUAAACAAGCCAACUCUGCCGGUGCGACUCUCUACAUGCAGAGCAACCAGGUGCUCCUCUCGCCGAAGGCUGCUGCAGGCCUGGCCCCAGCAGCAGUAACGGCAGCAAUAAUAUUAACCAAGUCCCUCCUCCUCCCUCCCUGUCUCCCCAUUACCACCCCCUUCAGACUCUGCUGGAGCGACUCUCUACACACAGAGCAAGCAACUCUUCACUCUGCUGGGGCAACUCUCUACACACAGAUUAACCACCUCUCACCCAAGGCUGCUGCAGGCCUGACCCCAGCAGCAGCAACCGCAGCAAUAAAAGCAACCCUGUCCCUCCUUCUCCCUCCCUGUCUCCCCAUUACCACCCCCUUCAGACUCUGCCGGGGCGACUCUCUACACACAGACCAACCACCUCUCACCCAAGGCUUCUGCAGGGGUGUGUUACCAGACGGCCGAAUGGUAGCAGUGAAACGGAGAGAUGAUGAUUCACUGCAGGGAGACAGAGAGUUUGUGAAUGAGGUAGAUUUGCUCUCCCGAGCCUGCCAUCCGAACCUGGUGGAGCUGGUUGGGUACUGCAGGGAGGCUCGGCAGCACCUGUUGGUGUAUGAGUUCAUGCCGAACGGGACAGUGAGGGAGCACCUCUAUGAUCAAAUGGGGCAGCCGCUGGGGAGGCUGAGGUGGCUCACUCGCAUUCAGAUCGCACUCGGUGCUGCUAGAGCCAUCCAAUACCUACAUACUUGUCUUCACCCGCCCAUCAUUCAUCGUGACAUCAAGACGAGCAACAUCCUGCUGGACGGCCGGCUGAACGCGCGGGUGGCGGAUUUUGGACUGUCCCGGGUGGGCCCGCAGGACAAUAGGAGCCAUGUGUCUACUGUUGUUAAGGGCACAGCGGGGUACCUGGACCCUGAGUACUUCACCAUUCAGCAGCUCACAGAUCGCAGUGACGUGUUCAGCUUCGGUGUGGUGCUGCUGGAGCUGAUCUCGGGCCAGCAGCCCAUCGACCUCAACCGCCCACAGCAGCACUGGAGCAUCAUCGACUGGGCGCGAGAGCACCUUCAGCAGGGCAACAUCCGGGCAGUGGCAGACUCCACGCUAUUUCCUCAUGAAUGGGACGAGGAAGCCAUGUGGCGAGUGGCGGAGGUCGGCAUGGUGUGUGUCGAGCCCAAGUCCCUCAACCGCCCUCCGAUCACUGAAGUGGUGGCUGAGCUGGAGCAUGUGCUGGCACUGGAACAUUAG